UUCUGUCACGACGUGUGUUGACUCAUGUUUAGUAGUGCAGCUAGUAAAAGUGCAAUUAUAUCGCUGCCUUAACUUUAUUCAUUAUGUCCUGGUAAAGGCAACAUUCAACGACUUUAUGGUGGGAGACAUGCUAAGGCUGUUCAUUUAAUGACCGUACGAGGAAGACGUCGGCUAAUGUUAGCGUGCUGACAUCCACGGGGCCCGAGGAGAUCCUGCGGUUUUCCUGCCCGGAGAAGUCCCGGGGAAGCGUCAGUUCGGCGGCUUAGCGUCACUCCCAUCCCCGCCCUCUGUGACACCGGAAGAGCCCCGCCACCUAGUGGCAAACAUCCAACAUGGCAGGGGUUUGUGGUUGUUGUGGGGCUCUCAGGCCUCGCUACAAGAGACUGGUGGACAACAUCUUCCCCGAAGACCCAGAGGAUGGAUUGGUGAAGGCCAACAUGGAGAAGCUGACAUUUUACGCCCUGUCGGCUCCAGAGAAGCUGGAUCGCAUCGGAGCAUACCUGUCUGAAAGGCUGUCAAGGGACGUAGCCCGCCACAGAUAUGGGUAUGUUUGUAUAGCCAUGGAAGCCCUAGACCAGCUGCUGAUGGCCUGCCACUGCCAGAGCAUCAAUUUAUUUGUGGAGAGCUUCCUCAAGAUGGUCCGUAAACUGCUCGAGUCCGAUAAACCCAAUCUACAGAUCCUGGGAACCAACUCAUUUGUGAAGUUUGCCAACAUAGAGGAGGACACACCCUCCUAUCACCGCAGUUACGACUUCUUUGUGUCACGCUUCAGUGAGAUGUGCCACUCUGGCUACGAAGACCCCGAUGAACGCACCAAUAUCCGCAUGGCAGGCAUCAAGGGUCUGCAGGGCGUGGUGAGGAAGACCGUGAAUGACGAGCUCCAAGCCAACAUCUGGGACCCUCAGCACAUGGACAAGAUCGUCCCGUCUCUUCUGUUCAACCUGCAGAGUGGAGGGCGCACAGAGAGUCGCUCGCCCUCUCCGCUGCAGGCGUCGGACAAGGAGAAAGAAAGCCCAGUGGAGCUGACAGAGCGCUGCUUCAGGGAGCUGCUGGGACGAGCCGCCUACGGAAACAUUAAGAACGCUGUCACCCCUGUGCUAAUGCAUUUAGACAAUCACUCUCUAUGGCAGGGAAAGACCUUCGCCGUGCGGUGCUUUAAAAUCAUCAUGUACUCCAUUCAGUCUCAGCAUUCUCACUUGGUCAUACAACAACUUCUUGGUCAUUUGGACGCCAACAGCAAGAAUUCAGCCACCAUCCGAGCUGGGAUAGUUGAGGUUUUGCUGGAAGCGGCCGCCAUUGCAGCCAGUGGCUCCGUAGGUGAGGUGCAGAACAUUUAUCAGCGUCAAGACACUUUCAUCCGGCCUUUACUGACUGGUUGUUGUGUGCCUGUUGCAGGCCCCACCGUGCUGGAGGUGUUCAACACUCUCCUGCGACAGCUCCGUCUGAGCGUGGACUACGAGUUGACCGGCUCCUACGAUGGCAGCACCAACAUCGGCACCAAGAUCAUCAAAGCUCACGAAGAGAGGCAGUUGCAGGAGGCUGUCAUCAGAACCAUUGGUUCCUUUGCCAACACUUUACCCACUUACCAGAGGUCAGAAGUCAUGCUUUUCAUUAUGGGCAAGAUCCCUGUCCCUGGUGUUCACCCCCUAAUACCUUCUGCAGGUUCUGGACCUGAGAGUACUAGGAUGAUUCAGGUUAUGUUACUUAAGUCCUUGGUUCAGGUGACUGCAGGUUUCCAGACCACCAACAUGCUGACCGCUCUUCCCAGCUCUUUCUUGGAGCCUCUGCUGUCUUUCUCCCUAACCGAGGACCCAGAGGUUCGACUGCUGGUGCUCCACAUACUUCUUAGUCUCAUUGACAGGCAUGACAACAAGCCCAAAUUCUCUACCAUUAGCAUUAUUACGGACAUCUCUGUGCUGAAACUCAAAGUUGACAAGUGUUCCAGACAGGAUAACUUGUUUAUGAAAAAGCAUGGCCAGCAGCUAUACAGACACAUCUACCUGGGCUGCAAAGAGCAGAGCAGUGGCCGGGAGCACUACGAGAGUCUCUUCGCCUUACUGGGUCUUCUCAGCGUUGAGCUCGCCAAUGAAGAAGUAGUCGUGGACCUCAUUCGCCUGGCGCUGGCUCUGCAGGACCUGGCUCUGUCCACCGAUGAGGCGCUUCCCGUUUAUAACCGUUGUGCAGUUCACGCACUUGCCGGUGCCUACCUCAACCUCAUCUGCCAGCUAACAACUGUCCCCGCUUUCUGCCAGCACAUACAUGAGGUAAUCGAGGCGAGACAGAAGGAAAGUCCAUACCUGUUGCCUGAAGAUGUCUUUAUUGAUAUGCCCAGGCUCCCAUCCUCGCUUGACAAAGUGGAAAGUGACUUGUUGUUCCUCCAGUCAAAGAUCACAGAAGUCCUCGGAGGUAGCGGGUACAACACAGAGCGACUGGUGACCCCUUACGUCCCUCAGUACACUGAUGAGGACCGUCUGUCGAAGAGAAAGAGCAUCGGGGAGACGAUCUCACUCCAGGUUGAAGUGGAGUCCCGAAACAGUCCGGAGAAAGAGGAGCGGACUCCAGCUGAGGAGAUCACUUUCGAAACGCUGAAAAACGCCAUUGUGGACAGUGUUGGCAUGGAGGAGCAGGAGCGAGAGCGGAGGAGGCUGGUGGUGGAAAAGUUCCAGAAAGCUCCCUUCGAGGAAAUAGCUGCCCACUGCGGUGCUCGGGCCACGCUGCUGCAGAGCAAACUAAACCAAAUUUUUGAGAUUACAAUCAGACCCCCUCCGAGCCCAUCUGGAACCAUUUCAUCCGGCUACGGCCAGAACCAGACUCGAUCCGUGCCCAUCUACGAGAUGAAGUUUCCCGACCUUUGUGUGUAUUAAGACUGUUUAUUCUCCUCGUCGGGGAGGGAAACGUCACAGCCAGAACUCUUAAGAACAGGCCACAUUUUUUUUUGUUGUGAUUACACCCGGCGAAGGAGCUCGUCAUUAUGUAGAGAACCUUUCUCAGACUGUCUUUUUUUUUCCAUCUGCACUGAUUUUUGUUAUGCUUUUUUUUUUGUUUUUUUUUGCCAAAAGUGCUUUCCUUCCCCAAAUUCUUAUUUUAUUAGUCAGAUAAAAACUCCUUACACUAAACAGUAGGUGUUCUUAUCCUUUAAAGGGGAACAUUAUCACCAGACCUAUGUAAGCGUCAAUAUACAGGUAAAAGCCAGUAAAUUAGAAUAUUUUGAAAAACUCGAUUUAUUUCAGUAAU